GUGCAUUGUGGAGGAUGAGUCAGGGGUUAGGAGGCACCCAGACUUUGGCAGAACAGAUCUGAGCGCUAGGUCAACGCUCGAAGCACCGGCGAGUGGCGGCCGGAGUGGUUCAGAAAUGCAGGCGGCGAGGAUGGCCCCAAGCAUGGGGCGGCAGUUGCUGAGCUCCCGACCCUGUGCUCUCUUGGGGCAGCUCCAGCCCUACCCAGUCCGACGACCCUAUGCCAGUGGGGCGGCCCAGGCUGUGCUGGACAAGUCAGAUGCUGUUUCCUCUGAGGUCUCAACACGAGAAAAACCAGCCAAGGUGGAAUCUAAGUCCUUUGCAGCGGGGAUGUUCAAGGGCCAGCUCACCACAGAUCAGGUGUUCCCGUACCCUUCAGUGCUCAACGAGGAGCAGACACAGUUUCUCAAAGAGCUGGUAGGGCCUGUGUCCCGUUUCUUCGAGGAGGUGAAUAAUCCUGCCAAGAAUGACUCGCUGGAACAGGUUGAAGAGACCACUAUGCAGGGCCUCAAGGAGCUGGGGGCCUUUGGUCUGCAAGUGCCCAAUGAACUGGGAGGUGUGGGCCUCUGCAACACUCAGUAUGCCCGCUUGGUGGAGAUCGUGGGCAUGCAUGACCUGGGUGUGGGCAUCACCCUGGGGGCCCAUCAGAGCAUCGGUUUCAAAGGCAUCCUGCUCUUUGGCACAAAGGCCCAGAAAGAAAAAUACCUCCCCAAACUGGCAUCAGGGGAGACUAUUGCAGCUUUCUGUCUAACUGAGCCCUCGAGUGGGUCAGAUGCAGCCUCCAUCCGAAGCUCAGCUGUGCCCAGUCCCUGUGGAAAAUAUUAUACCCUCAAUGGAAGCAAGAUUUGGAUCAGUAAUGGAGGCCUGGCAGACAUCUUCACAGUCUUUGCCAAAACACCAGUUACAGAUCCAGCCACAGGGGUCGUGAAGGAGAAGAUCACAGCAUUUGUGGUGGAGAGGAGCUUUGGAGGUGUUACCCAUGGGCCCCCUGAGAAGAAAAUGGGCAUCAAGGCCUCGAACACAGCAGAGGUGUACUUUGAUGGAGUACGGGUGCCAUCAGAGAACGUGCUGGGUGAGGUCGGGGGCGGCUUCAAGGUUGCCAUGCACAUUCUCAACAAUGGAAGGUUUGGCAUGGCUGCAGCCCUUGCAGGUACCAUGAAGGGCAUCAUUGCUAAGGCGGUGGACCAUGCUGCAAAUCGUACCCAGUUUGGGGAGAAAAUUCACAACUUUGGGCUGAUCCAGGAGAAGCUGGCCCGAAUGGCUAUGCUGCAGUAUGUGACAGAGUCCAUGGCUUAUAUGGUGAGUGCCAACAUGGACCAGGGAUCCACAGACUUCCAGAUAGAGGCCGCCAUCAGCAAAAUCUUUGGCUCGGAGGCGGCCUGGAAGGUGACAGACGAAUGCAUCCAAAUUAUGGGAGGCAUGGGCUUCAUGAAGGAGCCUGGGGUAGAGCGCGUGCUCCGAGACCUUCGCAUCUUUCGGAUCUUUGAGGGGACGAAUGACAUUCUCCGUCUGUUUGUAGCUCUGCAGGGCUGUAUGGACAAAGGAAAGGAACUCUCUGGGCUUGGCAAAGCUCUGAAGAAUCCUUUUGGGAAUGCCGGCCUCCUGCUAGGCGAAGCAGGCAAACAGCUGAGGCGGCGGGCAGGGCUGGGCAGUGGCCUGAGUCUCAGUGGCACCAUCCAUCCAGAGUUGAGUCGGAGUGGUGAACUGGCAGUACAGGCUCUGGAGCAGUUUGCCACUGUGGUGGAGGCCAAGCUGAUAAAACACAAAAAGGAGAUUGUCAAUGAACAGUUUGUGCUGCAGCGUCUGGCAGACAGUGCCAUUGACCUCUAUGCCAUGGUGGUGGUUCUUUCCAGAGCCUCAAGAUCCCUGAAUGAGGGCCACCCCACAGCCCAGCAUGAGAAAAUGCUCUGUGACAGCUGGUGUAUUGAGGCUGCAGCCCGGAUCCGGGAAAAUAUGUCUGCUCUGCAGUCUGACCCCCAGCAGCAGCUCUUCCGUAACUUCAAAAGCAUCUCCAAGGCCUUGGUAGAACGAGGUGGUGUGGUCACUGGCAACCCCCUUGGCUUCUGAAUAUUCCAAGCCAGGGCCUGACCAGGAGCGUGCCUUCUCUCAAGCCAAAGCCCAGGCCCCUUUCCUGCGGGCUCUGGCUCUGCCUCGAAGGGGCCUCGCCUCAGGACUGUGCCUGCUCUUGGAGGGAGCACUCAUGCCUUACAAAUAAAGUCUUUAGCAAGUCA